CCUGUAAUUAAAUCUAAGACAUCAGCCAUAGAAUAUAGACUCCGGAUCACACACGUUUUCUUAUAAAACUCCGGUCAUGUCUCUCUUCUCGUCCUUCUUUGGUUGCUUCGUUCCAAACUCUGGCUCAAAGAUAAGCUCAGCCGAUGGUAGUAGUAAUUCGAAGGUCUUGUCCUUGGAGAAACCGAAAAGCAAAUCCAAAUCUCCGAGAGCUCCAAUGAUAGUGUCUUAUUUUCCCGUAGGUUCGAAUCUUUCGCGUCUGUGAGAGAGAAGACAAGAAGAUGAAGUGUGUGGGAUGUUUUUGUGUUCCUCUAACCCUAUUGUUUGUUUGAUUCGUAUAAGCUGUAAUAGACCAUUUGGAUGUUUGAUAGAUGGCGAGAAGACCAUUUCCUAGUGUGAAGGUGGUCUCAUCGUUGCGUUUGGUCUAGGCUUUGAGGCUUGUCGGUGGUCAGUUACAUCAGUUAUGUGCUUCUCUGGUUCAGAAUUUCUAUUUUGCUAUGCCUAUUAGAAGUUAAUAAUGGGCUUUGUUUGUUCUUUUAGUUAUAAGCUUAAUUUUUUCAAUUUUUGUAAUUAUAAAACAAAAUAAAAUAAAACUUUGAUA